UUCAACAGGAAGCAAAGAUGUCGGUAGUGAGGGAGAUAGUUCUGUAUUUUCAAAAAGAUUUGUGUUGCGAAAUGACCAAGAUUGCUCCUAGAAGGAGUAGUGCCAAUGAAUAUCUUCAAUGAGAAUGAAGAAAGUUUCAGUGGUUGAGGAAAACAAUGGUAAAACUCAAGGAAAAGAGGGAAGCAAGCUUAACAGGUCCUCUGUGCAAUUGGCAAAUAGAGUUGAUAUUCAGCUGAGGUCUGCUGUGGAAUGGCAAGAUCUUUUUCACCCAGAUGCUGUUGUACUGCGUCAGAGGCUAAGAUCCCUGUGUGAAAGCCUUAUUCUUCAACAUUCCAAGGACUAUGGCCGUAGGGCUGAAGAACGACUUUGGAGAAAGGUCUUUUACGAUGUCAUCCAGAAGCUCAGGAACCAUAGAAAGAUUCUAGAGGGUGAUACCCUUCCUCUAGAUGGAGCUCUCCGCACCCAUCUGUCCUCUGCAGCAGGAUAUUAUUACCACUUGUUGACACAUCUUCAACGGCGAUACCAUCUUGCUAUUGAUGGUAUAUUGUCUUGGGGAUUGCCAUCCAGGCACCAAGCUGAAAAUCAGGAUGAGGAGGUGCAGUCAUGGGCAUUAAAAGCAUGUCAACGCUGUCUCAUAUUCCUUGGAGAUAUCGCACGGUAUCAAUCAGACAUUGAAGGAGAAGAUGCUAUUAAACUUGCUGAGAGGUUUUACUCUGAAGCAGCUCUUACUAACACUGACAUAGGCAUGCCUCAAAACCAACUUGGAACCCUUGCUGGCACAAAAGCCUAUGGUUGUGAGGGAGCCUAUUUUUACCUAAGAUGUUUGUUGUCCAAGGAGGUGUUUGAUGGCGCUGAAGGAAACUUGCUGAGAAUUUUUGAAAAGAACCGGUCCAUUCUGCAUAGGAUUAAAGAGUUGCCUUUGGAUGAGCCCAGACGCAAAGAAAGAUUAAAGAGGUUUCUAGUCUACUUCCUGUACCUCCAAGAUGUGUUGUACCAGCAUGAGAAUUCACCGGAGAUAAGCAGUGAAGAUAUUGGCCACCUUUGCCAGUCAGUGUUACAAGACUUCAGUAGUGUCCUGUCUGUAGAUCCGGCCUCCUCCAAUCCAAGCCACAACUCAUCACUAGAAAAUGGUCUGAUUGCUGCCCAGGAAAAUGGCAGUCUGGAGGAUGACGUCACUGAAGACAUCGAGGACGUCAUAAGCAGCUCGCUUAUGGUGAAGUUGGUUGUCAUGGCGAUUGCAGCCGUGACCAGAUUGCAGUCAAAGGGUUCUCAAGAGUCGUCGGUAGCAAUAGCGUUCACUUUAGCCUUCUUAUCUCUUCUUCUUCAACACUGCAUUUCAUCAUUAGAGAUUUACUUAGCAAAAGAACACUCUACCGCCGAAUCCCAAGUAAUGAACGGACCAGCAACUGCUGCGCUCUCGCACAACGGCUUGAACUCGGAGAAGUUGUCGAAACACGAUAAUUCCGUGGCAGGACUCACAGCGAAAAGUCAUUUAAACCGCAACAAAGCAAUCAAGAACGUCUUGAAACAUCGGCGACGAAGGAGGAGACGAAGAAAUAUCGAUUACAGUUUUGACAGCUACAGUGCCAGCGGAAGUGAUUUGGAGGAGUCGGAAGACAAUGAAGAAAACGAAGACAGCGAUUUGAGUGAAGGCGGUGAAAUGGACGGCGAGUUGGAGGAUUUGAUCAGCGAUGAGGAUGAUAGUGAAGACGUGUAUGUGGAAAGUGAAUCAGACGAAGAAGGUAGUAACACCGGAUCCCAGCCAAAGACAAUAUCCAUGGCUGCUAAUGGACGACACCUAUUGAAGGAAACACAGCAUAAACCAGUAGACAAGUCACCAUGCCAUCAAACUCCUUCAGAAAAGCUGGGAUCUAGAGCUGGUUUACUGGGACAGAAUGGGAUUUCUUUGGGGAAAGUUUUUAGGCCGGAUCUGUUUAGUGAUGUUAGCGACGCAGAAACAGAGUCAUCAGUAGCCUCAAGAGCUGAAAUACUUCGAGAUUGUGUGGAAUCCAAUCUGCUGAAGGCCAUAGCCAAUCAAAAGCUGUUACCUGCCAUUAAGGUGAUGACCGACUGGCUGCGGCUCAACAGCGAACUGGUGAUGACUUGUGUUGAGAGCCUCAGCGCCCUUUGGUCAAGACUGGCUCUUCUACUGAACAAGUUUCCAUCGCCAGACCAAAUGAUUGUUGCAGUUCCGUUACCAAGACAGCAAACAUGGCAGAGUGUUCUUGACGAGCCGCUCGAUAAGGAUUGGAUCCAAACACGUGGUCUACCAGAAGACAUGUUUCUGUUAGGAUUUACUCCACUGACCCCUAUACACAGUAGGCUCGACAGGAAGUGGAGCAGGCUUACGAGGGACUGUUACUAUCUUGAGGCUGCAGUUCGAGUUCAGUGUUUGAGAAGCUUUGGAAUGAAGAUGGCAUCUACUCAGGAGCUUAGUUCGUUUGAUUGGGACCAGAAUACCAAGCAGUUUCUUGGACCUCAGCAGAUGGCGGAACGAGAACAAGUGAUGGCUGUUGAUAAACGACCAGCGCCACUGCCUGUGGGAGAUCAUGAUAGACGAGCCAGAGUGAUGAAGGUGAUGGCGCAACAGCUAUUACAGUCUGAAGUGGCUGAAUUGGAGAGCACCCUUAACACGGCUCCUCAGGACGGACCGGUUUAUGUUAUUCCUGAUACCAUGGCACUGUGUACUCAGUUACAUCUGGUGCGAAGAUUAAUCGCCUCGGAGAAACUUGUGGUCAUCAUUCCUAUCCAAGUGAUUUCUGCGCUUGAUGAUCUGAAAAAGUACGACAGCGGUGCGAGAGAGGCCACUAAGUUUUUGGAGCAGGAGUUUAAAAAAGGAAACAGAUGGAUUAGAGCUCAAAAAGAGAAUGAAACUUUAGAUGGACAACGGAGGCGUGGACGUUAUGAGGACGUGGCAGUGUGGCGUUUCAAUCAAAUUGUCAGCUGUUGUCGCUACUUCCUGCGUCAAACUGGCAAAGGCCUUGUGACUUUACUAACCGGAAGUACCUCGUAUGAGGCUCCAAAGCGAGGCCAAAGAAAGGGUGUAACCUCUAGUGGUACCCAGGCUACCCCAGAGGCAAUGGAAUUUGCGCGAAGCUGCGGAGUCAACGUGGAAUCACUGCGCGCGUUCUGUGCCCGGUUCUCCAAGCAGUAUAAGGCAGUUACGUGAGGUGACGUGUAAAUCCAGGUGUUCUGGAAGGGCUGAAGAUAUGAUGGGUUGUGUACCUAACCCUACCGACCUGAAAUGAGGGCUGAAAAACAACAAAUGACCGAGCAAUAGCAACCUAACCGGGUGCAGUCUAGAUAGAACAACCACCACAGGGCUACCAGCUUGUUCCCUAUUGCUUAAGGAGGUGUUUAAGAGUAACCUUUCAAGUAUGGCACUCCAUUCCAAGAUAACGUUCUAAAAGUUGUAGACGAAUUUUAUUUCAGCCUUUAUAAAGGUGUGUGCGGCUUUCAUCAGCCAUUACUGCGCGCAAUUUCUGUGUUUGAAGCAAAAUGUUCGUUUGAGUCGGCCAUCUAGUGGCCAUACCUGUCAUGUGAGACCAAUUCUCUCUUCCCGCCUUCUCGACUUUAAUUUGUGUCUGAAGUAACAACUGUGGGAGGGUGGGGUAAUGAGUAAUUCGUAUUGAACACUAAGUUGUUGCAUUUGGAUUUAAGUCGGCUUUACCUUCGUUGAGUAUCUCGGAUUUUGCCAGAGAAUUGUCAGUCAUCAAGGUAAAAGUUAGAUAGUCGAUGAUUUAUUUUGUCGGUUCUUAGCAAUCUUCAUUUAUCAAGUGUUGUCUAAAAUGUAUCGCGUCAUGAUGGAAGCGAACGCGCUCGUCGCUGUCGAAGUCACGCUUUGUUGUUGCUAAAUCAGCGUAGUAGUGUAGUAUGCAUGGGUAAAAGUAGUUCAAUUUACAUUUCAUGGACACCUUGGGCAAUUAGAAAGGUACUUUUUUUUGUUUAUAUGUAAAGGUGAUGCCAUACUGAUCAAUUUGAAAUGCCGAUUGUUAUCUUAUGGAACUCAGCACGGUUAGUUUGCUAGGAAAGAAACGGGUUGAAAACCUUGUGUGUCGAGAAGUUUUCUUCCGCACACGAUUUGAUCAUGCGGCGUGAUUCGGCAUUGUUUGAUUGAUUUAUUUCACACUCUUGAAAAUAUCAGUAGAUAAGGUAAGACCAAGUAGUAAGGAGGCCAAAAAAACUGUUAGAUCUUCGCGGUGGUGAAUGUUUUCCGUAAAUAUUGAUUUGACGAGUGUACAGGUGUCAGAAAUCAACGUUGCAUUGAUGCAUUGUAGAGAAAACUACUGAAUCAAUAAAAGCUUUUUCUGGGACAAUC